AUGGGGUUUCUGGGUGCGGUGGCGGUGGUCGUCGCAAUCACGACGAUCAUCUUCUGGGUGGCGAGGUUGUACAGAAAAAAUCAUCAAAUUGUCGAUCCGAUUCAGGGCCCUCAAGCCGCCACAUUGGUGGGAAAUGUGCAUCAAUUCCGGUUUAAGCCAGACGGUAUGUUCUUAUGAAUGUAAUUAACGAUUUCAAAGUCAUGGUAUAAAUUUGGUAGAGUUGAACUCAACUUUCAGAGUUCUUUGAGCAAGUCCAAGGCCUCUCUUAUAUGUUCUGCACCUUGAAGGAGCGGAUAGUCUCGGUUUGGAUCGGCCCUUUACCCUUUAUCAUCCUCUAUGGAGCCGAGGAAUGUGAGCAAGUCCUUGGCAGUCAGAAGACGCUCACAAAACCUUUCCAUUAUCACUUUCUGUCUGCCUGGAUUGGUCAGGGAUUAUUGAUCAGUGAGCCGAAGAAAUGGCGGCCUCGAAGAAAGCUGCUAACGCCAACAUUUCACUACGACAUCCUCAAGGACUUCGUUCAAGUCUACAAUCGACAUGCCGCCACUUUACUCAGUAAAUUUGAUCAAUUAGCCGAGACCGGAGGGUACUCGGACAUUUUCCAUACGAUUACUUUGUGCACGCUGGAUAUUAUCUGCGAAUCCGCCUUAGGCUAUAACAUUGGAGCCCAGCUGAAAGUGCACAGUGAAUAUUUGGAUGCGGUGUUUCGAAUGAAAUAUAUUGUGCAUCAACGACAGGUGAAGCCAUUUUAUUAUCCCGAGCCAAUCUGGCAACUGUUUGGCUAUGGAAAGGAGCAAAAAAAGAUUGUCGAUAUUCUCCAUGAAUUCACUAAUCGAGCGAUCGUUCAACGACGAAAGGUCGUCGAUGAAGCCGGAGGAAUGGAGAAAUUGAUGGAGCAGGAGAGAUCUGAUGGGCACUCGAGAAUGGCCUUCUUGGAUUUGAUGUUGGACAUGAUGGAUAAAGGCCAAUUGGAUCUGGAGGGGAUCCAAGAAGAAGUGGACACCUUCACGUUUGAAGGGCAUGAUACUACGUCAGCUGCGAUGAAUUGGUUCCUUCAUUUGAUGGGGAAUAAUCCAGAGAUUCAGGCCAAAGUUCAGAGAGAAGUUGACGAAGUUCUAGGAGAAACUGGGAUCCCGACUUUUGAAGACUUGGGGAGGUUAAAGUACUUGGAAGCCUGCUUCAAAGAGACGUUGAGGUUAUAUCCAUCUGUUCCGCUGAUUGCGAGGUUGAUGACUGAAGACACAAAAGUUCGUAAGUUGGCAAAAAAUCUGGUCUGUCUCUGUUCAAAACAGCAAAUCUUUUUAUUGCUGUUUGACAUUUUUAACAUCGAUAUGAAGUCAUUUUUUAUGCUCAUAAACUAAUCAUCUCCAUGCUACACAAUUUAUCCCUUUAGCCAUUCAUUUUUGCAGACAAAUACACCCUUCCCAAGAACACAAUAGUCCUGGUGAUCCCAUCGAUGGUCCAUCGAGAUGAGCGAUUUUGGAAAGACCCUGAGGUCUUCAACCCAGAUCGAUUUGUGGACUCGGAGCUCAAACAUCCAUAUUCUUACAUUCCAUUCUCGGCCGGGUCCAGGAAUUGCAUUGGUAGGCUUUUUCUUUACGCUAACCUCCAAAAGUUUACUGUUAAAAAGAGUGCAUUUUUUACAACAAAUUUUGCCCUGAUUUUGAUGUACUUACAAUAAGUGCUUCAGCAGGGCUGACCUUUUACUGUAAUAAUCAAAAAUCAACUAUAGCCAUCACUAACUUAAUUAUAUUUAUUAAAACCUAACCUGUUGAAAUGAUUGAACAUUUUUUGAACUCAAGAUUUUUGACUACUUUCUAACUACAAAAGGGAACAAAAGGGUAACAAAAAAAAGUUUAUAGACUUCUCGAAAGUAACAAUUGCUUUUUAAUUGAUCUUAGACAGACACAAAACAAAUGUCACAAAGUUACAUUAGAAAAAUCUGGAAGGCAAAAGAAAAGAGAGAUGUUUUUAUAAAAGGAACGAUCUAUGAUUACCUUUAACUUUCUCAGUAGUAAAUAUUGUCAAGAGGUCACUCUGAGGGUAAUUUUAAAAGAAAAAUUUAAGUAUUUAGCUAGAACUUCUUGAGGGUACAUUAGGAGAAAUCUUUUUCUUAAAGGCUUCCUUUAUUGCUAAACAUUUUCAAGGGGGUUGCUGUUUUAGUUACCAUAAGACGGGUUGAGGUAAAAGUCUAUAAGAGCUUAGAAGUGUUUAAAUUUUUACCAAGUUUUACCAAAAUCUGAGCUCUGCAGUUGCAGCCUGGUGAAAAAUUCAGGCCUUCUAAUCUACCCCCUUCACAUUUUUAGGCCAACGAUUUGCGAUGAUGGAAGAGAAAUGCGUUAUCGCUCAAAUAAUGCGACGAUUCAAAGUGAAAUCGAAGCUAAAAACGCAUGAAAUGCGAGUGGCGGCCGAGCUGAUUAUUCGGCCCAUGUAUGGGAAUCACAUCAAGUUUAAGCGCCGUUCCUUCGGCGAUUACAGCCCGAUCUCCGAGUAA